AUGAAAAUAGCAUGUCAUCGAUAUAAUACACCAUAUUUUCGUUUUUAUCCUGCGUUAGAUGAAACGGUGAGAAUGAAUAUAGGUACAGAAAGCGAUUUAAACCAGUUAAUUGAAUUAACAACUGACUAUAUGAAUACUGAUUCCGUUCAAGCAGAUAUUAACAAAUUAGCUGAAUUAAUUAAACACAGAGUAAAUGAACAAGAGACAGAAUGUUAUUUGCCACUUGAAGUUGUCAUCUGA